AAUACUACCGUUUGUCCAUGGAUUAUAAAGAGAGGACGCACCUCCCAACCCGUGCUGAGUGCCAGUGAGACCAAAGUUAACCUUCACAAUGGGAAAGAUAAUUUUCUACGAAGACAGAAACUUCCAGGGUCACUCUUAUGAGUGCGGUGGAGAAUGCUCUGACCUCCAUGCCCACUUCAGCCGCUGCAACUCCAUCAAGGUGGAGAGCGGCAACUGGAUGGUGUACGAGAGGCCCAGCUACAUGGGCUAUCAGUACUUCCUGAAGGAAGGCGAGUUCUCCGACUACCAGCGUUGGAUGGGCUUCAAUGACUGCGUCAGGUCCUGCCGCAUGAUCCCCCAGCACCAGGGAUCUCACCGUAUGAGAAUCUUUGAGCGCUCCGAGUUCGGAGGACAGAUGACGGAGUUGACGGACGACUGCCCCAACCUCCACGAGCGCUUCCAUUACAAUGACAUCUACUCUUGCAAUGUGAUGGAGGGCUCCUGGCUUUUGUAUGAGCACCCCAACUACAGGGGGCGCCAGUACUUGCUGACCCCGGGAGAGUACAGGAGAUACAACGACUGGGGAAGCAUGAGCGCCAGGGUGGGCUCCGUCAGACGUAUUGCUAUGUAAGAAGCUGAAUGUAUGACUGUUGAAUCAAUGACCAAUGGGAAAUCAUUUUGAAAUAAAUCCAUCCACACAUUA